AUGAGCGCACUCUGUACCGAAUCAGCAAGAAAAGCUAUAGGUGCACCACCAUCUAUCGCUGAGCCUGUAUAUGAGUACUUUUCGGGAACUCAGUUCUCCUGUCGUGUGGCCCAAGCUGGAAGCGCGGACUUACGUGAUGUUUCCCAUGGCAACACACCAUUCAGCGACAACGUAGCUCAUUAUCUUCCUUUAUCAACAUCAAAGCUGACUAAAAAUGGAACCGUUGGUGUCCACCAGCCGCAUACCACACAGCAGCCAUUGAGUUGGUGGAAAGCACAAUGCAGAUUUCGUGGCCUGGCAGUAUCAGGGACCAGAGAAACCUUGCAGGCUCGUAUACGCAAGCAUGGUGAUAUGGGAAUGGAAGUCUCAUUGAUCGAGGCCUUUGGGACGAUGAAAAGCGACUAUAAAAUAGCGAAUACAAAGGUUUUCGAGAAGUUGUGGAACUCAGCUGACAACGACACGAAGGUUAAGCUAUGGUCGAAGGGAUUCCUAUACGAGAAUUUCGUAUUGUCUUCAGCUCCCAAGAAGAAAGUGUUUGUGAUUGAACUGAGGGAGUGGAGCCAUCAAAAGAUUGAGCAAGCGUGUCGCCAGAUAAAAAUUGCUUGCGAGACUCAAAAAAUGCAACGGCAUGAGAACGGUCAAUGUCUGGUUGUAGUCGGACGGGAUGAACUAACGCAAGGGCUCGUCGUGAAGAAGAAAGAAGAACUAAAGGCAGUAAAAGCCGAGGCAGAAGAUCGAUCCAAGCAAGCAAAGUCAAAUGGUCAGCGUUCCAAAGGUCAGCGGGACGUCAGCGGCUCUUUUGACUUCACUGUUCAAAAUGGAAUCAUGAGAUUUGUCAAUCGCCGAAGCGAGCAGACAGAGAAUGAUUACCAAGAUGCUCAUAGGAACGUAUACAAAGACAAUUAUGAGAGCUACUCUGAAUAUCGUCAUCAUGAUAAUUAUCAAGAUGAUUACCAUGAUUGUCAUGAUUACUGUGGGGAUUACAUUGAUGAUCAAAAGCCUGAACCUUGGGAUGACAACAGCGGAUACGAUAAUGGAAAUUAUCCCAAUGGAUUUUCCUCACUGAACUCACGGGAGUUCGAUUACCGUUAG